AGCAGGGUAGAGUGAGAGAGAGAGAGAGAGAGAGAGAGAGAGGAGAGGGAGGACGACGACGACGAUUCAUACCGCGCCAUAACACACGACGAAAGCGACUUUCGUUUUUUUGUACCCGAAGCGCAACAGAAGACCUUUAGAGACGCGAAUUUACUUUGUGGAUCUUUCUUCUAUUUUAUUUUCCUAACAAUGCUCACAAUCGGAGCUGAAAAGUUUCAUUCGGGUAGCUGUCUUAUGUUAGUUUUGUUAUGUUAGUCCGAACAAUAUUUCUCCUCAGCCAGUGAACUUUGGAAAAUCAAGAAACAGCAAUCAAAAUGAGAGCUCAAAUUGAGGUUAUACCAUGCAAGAUCUGUGGGGACAAAUCCUCUGGGAUUCACUAUGGCGUUAUUACAUGUGAAGGGUGCAAGGGUUUUUUCCGACGCAGCCAGCAGAACAAUGCCAUGUACUCGUGUUCACGGCAGAGGAACUGUCUGAUCGACCGAACCAACAGGAACCGGUGCCAACACUGUCGCCUGCAGAAGUGCCUGGCGCUCGGCAUGAGCCGUGAUGCGGUGAAGUUUGGCCGAAUGUCAAAGAAACAGCGGGACAGCCUGUACGCAGAGGUGCAGCGACACCAGCAGCUGUCUCAGGAGUGCCUGGUGGGUUUGGGUGGUGGUCUAGCACCACAUGACCGGGAAGAGACAGGUGAAGACAGCACACACAGCCGGCCGUACAGCAAUGGAGGCUCCAGUUCCAACCUCAGCGACCUGGACGACAUCGCCACGCUGCCCGACGGUUUGCUGUUCGACCUGCCGCUCACCCCAGAGGAGGCGAGCGAAUACUGCACUCUGGAGAUGCUCGGAGGCGGCGGAGGGUCCGGGAGUGCCGGAAGCGGAGGUUGGUCCAAUCAGAGCUCUCCAGAGCCCAGCGCUGUAGAUUGGACAGAAGCAGCGAGGGUGAAGCAUGAGUAUAUCCUGCCUGAAAACAGUCUUCUUACGCACACUCUCCUGGGAUCUCUACCAGACAACUGCUCUCUGCACGACAUAGAGCGAAUCACUCAAAACGUUGUGAAGUCUCACCUGGAGACGUGUCAGUACAGCUCAGAAGAGCUGAAGAAACUUACCUGGAACGUGUACACACCUGAAGAAACCCGCAGCUUUCAACUCAAGUCUGCAGAGUGGAUGUGGCAGCAGUGCGCCCUGCACAUUACAAACGCCAUCCAGUACGUUGUAGAGUUUGCAAAGCGCAUCUCUGGAUUCAUGGACCUCUGCCAGAACGACCAGAUCAUCCUGCUCAAAGCAGGAUGUCUGGAGAUCCUGCUGAUCCGAAUGUGCCGUGCUUACAACUCUUCAAACAACACUAUGUUUUUUGAUGGCAAGUUCGCCAGUCCUCAGCUCUUCAAAGCUCUCGGGUGUGCUGACCUGGUGAACGCAGUCUUUGAGUUGGCUAAAAGUCUGAGUCGACUUCAACUGAGUGAUGAGGAAAUCGCUUUAUUCAGCGCUGCGGUUCUGCUGGCUCCAGACCGGCGGUGGUUGACAGAUUCUCAGCAGGUGCAGAAGCUCCAGGAGAAAGUCUACGUGGCUCUUCAGCACAGCCUGCACAUGAACGGAGCCACUACUGAGAAACUGGAUAAGAUGGUGUCCAAACUACCACAGAUGAAGUCCAUCUGUAACCUGCAUAUUGACAAGCUGGAUUUCUUCCGCCUGGUUCACCCGGAAACAGCCUACAGCUUCCCGCCUCUCUACAGAGAAGUGUUCGGCAGCGAGAUCAAUUUCCCUGACUCCACCAACAGUUAGAGAGCGGGAGAUAGUGAGGGAGAGAAUGACAGAGAGUGUGAAGGGGAAAUCACGAGCGAGUGUUAAAGCAAGAGAGGCCAUUAUAUGUAAAAUCAGCAUUUCAAACGAACACAUUUAAAAACCUCCAGGGAGAAUCCUCAAUCUAUUGCAGCACUUUUAGCAUACACACACACACAAUACACUACAAACAUACACACCUAACCUGCUGCAAACACAGGGCCAGCGAACUAUAUCACAAAACAUACUCGUAUAGGGAUUAUUCCUGGAGUUGUGCUCUCAGAACUGUUUUUAUUUCAUGGAAACACUCUGAAAUGAUCUUUUAUGUACAGAUGUACAGUAUGCUUGCAAAGGCCCUUUGUUCCAUCUUGAAGAUGUCUAAGCAUGCAACUGUUCCUUCUGCAUCUGUACACAGAGGUAUUUCAAGGAGUUUUAUAAGAGGUUUUAUCAUUUUAAUAGUUUUACAGGAUCAAAAUGUCCUCCACAUGAACAUUCAGGAGAGCACAACACUUUUUACUGAAGCGAAUACAACAUACCAGAUAACGUCAUCCGUCCUUCGCCGCUGAAUCACUCUUUAAGCACUACUACUGCUUUUUUCCUCCCUCUCCUGUCGUUUUUUUCACCCUCGGACGAAUCAUGAAUGUAUCCCAAAAGCACUUAUUUUGAUUUGAGACCGAAUGUACACAAUGCACUUUUGGUCUUGCAUUAUGCUUAAUGAGACUUUAUGACAAUCCACUCAAAAUAAUAACAACAAAAAAACUGAUGUGCCCAGAUUGUUUGUUAAAAAUGAAGGGACCAAUGUUAACAGUGCUACCUUAAAGGAAUGUUCCACAUUAAAUACAAGUCAAGCUCAUUUCUAAGUUUAAAAUAAUAAAACAUUUUCUUUUUUCAAAAUAAGAUAAAUAAUUUUUAUUUUCAUUUUGAAUCAUCUCAGUUUGUUGAAACGAACACAAACAAGUAUGGACAGAAAGGAAAGGAAGCCUAUGGGGCAGCUGUACAAUUCUAAAACAAUUAGCCCUUACAGUGCUUAACUGUAUCUGAGCAUCUGAGUUUAACUUGUAGUUAACCUUGAAUAUUCCUUUAAAGCUAUUUAAACAAACCAGAAAUCAUAAGUGUGCUAAACUCUUUUCUAAUGUGCAAUAGAUGUCAAGUUUUUGCAGUCAUGGCCAAACGUUUGUGAACGCCUUUUGUUACAAUAACGCAACUGCAACCACAAAAUCCUCACUUUAACAGUUAUUUACAUGAUCUCAUACCUCAUAUUCAGCAGAAUUUUACACAUUUAGGACAGUAUUAAACUCUAGUAAACAACGUCUGAGUGCAGCAGUGCUUAACGGGACAUCAUUAUAUGCAAAAGAGAUAUAUAUAAGGGGUUUGCAAACUUUGGCAUGACUGUAAAGAAUAGAGUGCAUUAAUGCCUGUUCACUUUUCAGCAGUGUUGGUUUCGGAAGUGUUUUUUUUUUCUAUACAUUUCCCAUAGGGAUUUAAAAAAAAGGUUUUGUUAAAGCCUUACAAGCCUUGAACUGAACUAACCAGCUGCAAGAAGAAAUUACAACAUUACAAACUUUUAGUUGAAGCAGAACUGUAUUGUAAAUUUGACAAAAAACAAUACUUAAUGGCCUUAGUGAGGGGAAAAAACUACAAUACCAAGCACUUUUAUUGAAAAUAGAGUUAAAAAUGAUUGUGAAAUUUAGAACCAUUAUUUUUAAGUUUUGGGUUUAACCAAAAGAAAAUAUAUUUAAAGUCUAUUUCAGAAUUUGCACAUAUAUAUAUAUAAACAAAUAUUUAAGUAUUUUGACUGAUUAAUGUCAUUUGUGUACCCUGCAAGUUGUUUCGCUGAGAUUUGCCUUUGCGACUCUCUGAUUGGUGAGAUUGUUCUCAUAGAAUCAUGGGUAAUGUAGUUUUUCAUGACAAAUUCCGCUGUUAAACAGAAUUAUUGUCAGGGUUGCCAACUCUCACGCAUCUGGCAUGACAGUCACGCUUGGACUUCAGUGUUAGAUUGAUGCUUAAAACGUGAGUCUCACGCCAGAUGCGUGAGAGUUGGCAACCCUGUUAUUGUAAGCAUAAUGUGAAAAAGAUUGCUUUACCAAAGUACAAACCAUCAGUUAACAACCUCAGAGCUGGUUAAAAGCUGUAAUUGUUACUUCCGGAACCAGACUGUUGCACUCUAUAAUGGCAAAUACAACAUUUGACACAGUUGUUCCACCCACACAUGCUGUUGUUUGCUCAGGCACAUUUUGACAGUGUUUGGUGCUGCACCUUAUUUUUAUUUUUUAUUUUUUCAUUUUAAUGCAAUGAGAAACCUCAGUCCAACAUCCCCCUUUCCCUUGUAAAUGCCACUUUAGAAUAAAUAAAAGUUAAAUGUUCAUUUAAUUUACAUGGACAUUUCUAAAAGAUUAUUUUGAAUAGGAAUGUACAUAAAUUAGUAUAUUUAGUCAAGAAAGAGAAAGGCAAAAAGGUGGAGCAGCAAGAGAAAUGUUUAAAAAACGAAUGAGCCAGGACUUUUUGAGUUCCUCCAGCAUGUGCAUGGGAAUACCAGACCCAAAAGAUGAACUGGCAUGGAUUUUGUUUCAGGAACUGCCCUCUAUAAAUGAUCCAGAUGGAUCACUAACAGGAGACGGACAGUUAUUCUGACAGCCAAGCUGGAUGGUUCUCUGGGACACACACAGAGCUGGGGUGACCCUGAUGACCCCAGCCUGAUGUUAUGAGACACUUCCUCCAAUAGGAUCACCUGUCUGGUGGGCUUCACAUGCUAAAUCAUUUUCACAAACCCUGAAGAAAAGAACGAGAGAAACCAAUUCAAAAGAUCAGUCCAGAAGGUUUCGGGGAACAGAUAUGCCACUUGCAUCUGGUGGCCAGUGUGAUUUCUGUUGUAUUAUUUUGUAAGUUGUUGAUAGCAUCUCCUUUUGUCCAUUUCUGUGGCUUUGGAUCGUAUCCUUCCAUCCUAUUUUUCCAUACUCUUGCACCAAAACAAAGAUUCGACAGAGUUCUCUGCUAUCAAGGUUCACUGUAUUGUUUAUAGUACUACUAUAUAUACUACACAACUGGUUAACGCGAUUCAUAUGAAUGAAUGAGCUUGUAUUCUGUAUGAGAGAUCAGGUGUGGUCUUGUAUCUCCAUUUUUAAUGAACAAGAGGAAAUCUGUCUUCUUUUGUGUGCCCAGCAUUACAGCACCUCACAACAAGGAGUGUAGCCUGCCCUUGUUCAAGAAUGAGAAGUAUGGGAAUUCUGUCUGUGUAAUGUAUUUUUAAAUGUGUUGUUUUGACAAUCCCCACCUCUAGGCCUUUGGUGCAUGCUUUCCUGUAAAGAGGAAAUUGUGUUUGUCUCAUUCAGUCACCCUGGAAAGCAAUUUCUGUGGUUUUAUGUCUAUUUCGUUUUUGUAGAAGAAAUGUUUCUGCUCUGUGUUUUACACACACACACACACACACACACACGCACACACACACACACACA